GAUCUGAAGGCGCGGCAGGAAGGAAACGGGCGGGCGAGAGGAUCCAGCAGCCCUCCCCCACGCGCGCGCGACGGUUAGCGCGUCCCAGAUCUCGGUGCGGCGCCUCCCGCCCGGCCCUGCCGGCGAGAGCGCGGCCCGAUGAGGCGGCGGCCGUUCCUGGACCAGCGGCGGCCUUCGUUCAAGCGCCGGUGGCAGCAGCGCCCGUGGUGGGUGCGCCUCGCGCUUUCCCUCCUCCUCGCCCUCGCAUGCGUCCUCCUCCUCGCCGUCCUCCUCGGCUCCCCCGACCCCGGCGCCUCGCCGUCCACCUCCGCCGCGUCCUCCGGAUCUGAGACCACCUCCUCACCUCUCCUCCGUCAGAGAACUUACCUGGAGGGAAUCACGGAUGCGCUCAACAUGACUGACGAAAUGCUGAGCGCCCGCUCGUUCUCGAGGCAGCUCAUGGACCAGAUUUAUCUAGCCAAAACAUAUGUCGUCGUUGCCAAGGAGGCCAACAACCUGCAGUUUGUGGCGGAGCUUAGUGCCCAGGUACGGCGGGCGCAGAGCAUCCUUGCGCAUGCUGCAGCCUAUGGGGGCACGGUGAUGGAGCAGGAAGCAGAGAAGGCGAUCAGGGAUAUGUCGGUGCUGCUCUUCCAGGCGCAGCAGCUUCGGUACGACAGCAGUAUCACAAUCAUGAAGUUGAAAGGCCAGAUUCAGUCCCUAGAGGAGAAGUCGAAAGUUGAGGUGGAGAAAAGCACAAAAUAUGGCCAGAUUGCUGCUGAGGACCUCCCAAAGGGACUUUAUUGCCUUGGUGUCCGGUUAACCAUGGAAUGGUUUAAGAGUCCCGAGCUUCAGAGGAAGUUUUCGGAUAGGAGCCCAGCAGUGCAGAGCAAUCUGAGGGAUAACAGCCUCUAUCAUUUUUGUGUCUUCUCAGACAACAUCCUUGCUGUUUCAGUUGUUGUUAAUUCUACGGCUAUAAACUCGAGGCACCCUGACAAGGUUGUUUUUCACUUAGUGACUGAUGAGUUGAACUAUGCUCCGAUGAAGGCAUGGUUUGGCAUGAAUGACUACAGAGGGGUCACUGUGGAGAUACAAAAGGUGGAGGACUUUACCUGGCUCAAUGCAUCGUAUGUUCCCGUUCUUAAACAGCUACAGAAUGCUGCUACACAGAAGUUCUACUUCUCUGGCAGUGGUAGUCGUGGAACACCAAUUAAAUUCAGGAACCCAAAGUACUUAUCAAUGCUUAACCACUUGAGGUUUUAUAUUCCAGAAAUAUAUCCUGAAUUGCAGAAGGUGGUAUUUCUUGAUGAUGAUAUCGUUGUUCAGAAGGACCUAUCAGAAUUGUUUACUAUCAACCUCAAUGGCAAUGUGAUGGGUGCUGUAGAGACUUGCAUGGAGACAUUCCACAGAUUUCAUAAGUAUCUUAACCAUUCCCAUCCUCUAAUCCGUGCUCAUUUUGACCCUGAUGCUUGCGGCUGGGCAUUUGGUAUGAACGUGCUUGAUCUGGUUGAAUGGAGGAACAAGAAUGUGACAGGCAUAUAUCAUUAUUGGCAGGAGCGCAAUGCUGAUCAUACUCUAUGGAAGCUUGGGUCUUUACCACCUGGACUUCUUGCUUUCUAUGGCUUGGUUGAAGCAUUGGAUCCCAAAUGGCAUGUCUUGGGACUUGGCUACACAAAUGUGGAUCUUGCUACUAUCAAGGAAGGUGCAGUACUGCACUACAAUGGAAAUAUGAAGCCAUGGCUCAAAAUCGGAAUGGAGAAGUACAAGAGCUUUUGGGAUAACUAUGUGGACUAUUCACACCCUUUGAUUCAGCAGUGCUUCAUGCGUUGAUUGAUGUGUAUCAACAUUAGAAUUUUUGUAAGCUUCAUGGUAGAUAUGUUCCGAGCACAUGCUCCAACUGCCACACGGAAACAUUGUAGUUAAAUCAGUUGGCUUUUCUCUCAAGUUACAAUCUCUGACAAAACAUCAGUGGAUGUCUAUAGCAUCUGUAGUUGAUGGAGCACAACAAUUGCAUAUCUCUAGCCACAGGUAAACAGCACAUGAGCUGAGACCGCUAUGCAGUAGGCUGCUACUCGAACUACAUCCACUACACAGAUCAUAACUUGCGACCAUCGAUGUAAUUUUUCCAUUUUUUAUUUUUUGGGUGAGACAUAGCCACAGAAUGGAGAUGGUGUAGAAUUGAUUUUAAAUUAUUGAUGUGUUACAACAAGUUUUGUGUUACCUAUCCAUAUUUAUUGGAUGUUAAAGACUUAUGGCAGCUAAGCCCUUUUCUGUUUAUUU